GGAGAAACAAAAGUAAAAGAGACAUGAGGAGUGACAUGGCACGUCUCAGGUGUGGGAAGACGAUUCCAUUGCUCGGAAUGGGAACUUAUUGUCCUAAAAAAAAUCAAGAGAGCACCAUCUCAGCCGUCCAUCAAGCCAUCAAGAUAGGGUAUAGACAUUUUGACACGGCAAAGAUAUAUGGAUCAGAAGAAGCUCUAGGAACUGCAUUGGGUCAAGCUAUCUCUUGUGGAUCUGUCCAAAGAGAAGAUAUCUUUGUCACUUCAAAGUUAUGGUCUAGCGAUCACCAUGACCCAAUCUCUGCCCUCACACAAACUCUUAAGACAAUGGGGCUAGAAUAUCUAGACAGUUACUUGGUGCAUUGGCCAAUAAAGCUAAAACCAGGAGUGAGUGAGCCUGUCCCUAAGGAAGACGAGUUUGAGAAAGAUUUGGGGAUUGAAGAAACAUGGCAAGGCAUGGAGAGAUGCUUAGAGAUGGGUUUGUGUAGAUCCAUUGGUGUUAGCAACUUCUCUUCUAAAAAGAUCUAUGAUCUCCUCGAUUUUGCUUCUGUUUCUCCUUCAGUUAACCAGGUGGAGAUGCAUCCAUUGUGGAGACAAAGCAAACUAAGGGAAGUGUGUGAAGAGAACAAGAUCCAUGUAAGUGGAUACUCACCACUUGGUGCGCCAGGGAAUUGUUGGGGGUCAACAGCUGUGAUUGAACAUCCUGUAAUCAAAUCCAUUGCCCUCAGGCAUAAUGCCACCCCAGCUCAGGUGGCUUUAAGGUGGGGAAUGUCAAAAGGGGCAAGUGUGAUAGUGAAGAGUUUUAAUGGAGCAAGAAUGAGAGAAAACAAGAGAGCCUUAGAGAUUAAAUUGGAUGAUCAAGACUUGUUACUUAUCGACCAAUUGGAGGAGUGGAAGCUCAUGAGAGGAGAUUUCCUUGUUAAUCAAACCACAAGCCCUUACAAAUCCAUUGAACAACUUUGGGACAAUGAGAUAUAAUUGAUUAGGGCUUCACAUUAUUCCAUCCAAAAUGUAAUUUCGUCUUCAUAUCUGUUGAUUAUGAUCAUCCUUUUUCCUUUGGUAUAUAAAGUUUUUACAACAUGAUUGUUCUAUAAUAUAUCCUUAAAAGAUAAAACUUAUGUAACUUAGUAAAAGCUCUGCUGUUGUGUCACAAAUACAAUUAUACAUUGAUGCAUCCAGAUUCUUGUAAACAUAAGAACUACUAUACGAGUAUUUAAGACUGAAAUUUGUAUUUUGUUUUAUUUGCAAACCUAGUUUCAUUUUUAGUAAUUCAACAAUAGAUGACAUGGUGGUACUAGAAAUAUAUUUUGUUUCGUUCUUUCGAAGAUUGAUAAAAAUGAACUUACAUGGCAUAAUCGAAAAAUAGAAAAUGUGGCUUUUCUAUGGAAAGAUAGCCACGAAGAGAGAUCUUCAGAUCUAGAAAAUCUUCCAAAAACACUGUGUGCUGUUUUUAAUCUUCCAAAACAACAUGGCGUCGGCUAAUAUUUUUGUUUUGAUAAUUAAAAAUUUAAAACUCAUCAUUUUCAUUAUGUCUAAAUUCCAAACGACAUACAUUACUUUAAGCCGAGUGGAGUGACUAUCGAGGUGAAUUGAUGUGUAUCUUUUUAAUUGAAGAUUUUGUUGCAAACAAAUAAAGAAUUAGGUUUUUUUACAAAACAUCCAAAAACAAAAAACAAAUUCGAUGAAAGAGUGUAAUUAUAAAGAAGUUUGUUUUAGAGCUCAUCUCAUAUCAUUCUUAAUAUAUUGCAAAUCUCUGUCUUAGUGACGACAACGUAUUCUCUUUAACUUGCACAUAGAAAUUUUUAACUGAGAAAGGAUGUCGAAGAGAUGAACAGUAGAUUUGAUCUGCUCAAAGUAUCGGUGCAGCAGGUUAAUAUGUGGUGGUUUUUGUGUUUAGUUAUUCCAGAAUUGAAUAAAAAAUGAUAUCCUUUCCAUUGAUCAUUCUUUCACUGAAUAAAUCUUUUACUUAGUUGCUACAUUUUCUCAGUAGUUUUCGUAUCAGCAGCACACUUUUUGUUUGUCUAUAUCUUGUAUAAGUCGAGAGUCUGGAUGCUAUGUCCUUAAAAGUUCAUAUGUAAUAGACGUAUAGUAAUUCUAUGUAGAGCAGUUUUUAAGCGUUAUAAAUUACAAUAUUGAUCACUAACACAUGUAUUAAAGAUAAUAUUUUGUUUUCUAUGCUGUCUAUAUCUCAUUUCUAGUUGUACUAUUCUUUCUAGUAAAUUGUCUAUUUUCCCAUUUCUAAUUUACAGGGUAUAGUGUACCGUCAUUCUUAAAAGUGAAACACAAAUAGACAACUAAUGUAAGGUAAACCAUAUGUUUCAGUUCGUGACAUUGAGGUGCAGGCCUCAUCUACUACGAUUGCAUCUUCGUAGAGACUAACAAACCAUGAGUAAUCUGAUAUAAACACUCGGCAACAAGUCCGACGAAUCAUCUCUUUCCAUAGGAAGAGGGAAUGGUGGUAACGUACUCUCUGUACUGGGCUUUAAGGAGCCAGAUAAUGGGUUAACCAUAAUCAACUUCUUAGUGGGCCCUGAUCCAACCGUUUGAAGGAAUUUGGUGGACGACAUCCAACCAAGCAAACCGCAAAAUGACGAGAUAGGCUGCCGGUGGAGAGAUAGAAGACAAACGUCAUUGAGAAGCUGCCUUCACCGGAGUACGCAAAGAUCUAACGAAGAAAAACAUGAACACUGAUAGCAAAGUAGAUUUUGUCGGGACAGAGGCCUCGGAAUCCCGGAUCUGGUCGGCGAGUCGAGAGUGGAUUUCCACGGACAAAGAACGCCUUAUCGAUAGUAGCUGAGGUGGUUGGUGUUGCAGUUGAAGGGUGUGGAGUCGUGGAAAGAGGUCUUCAAAACGGAGGUGACCGUAGAUCGAGAUGGAGAUGAAGCCAAACUUGAUGGAGCAAAGAUAUAAAAAGACCAGGUGACAAAGCCUUCCAGGAAUCCCCGGAGAAGCAAUCUGUUCCGGUGGUGAUGAGCCCAGCAUCCGCAGCCAAAGCAGUCUCCGCCAUUGACGAUACAGUACGAGUCCGUACCAAAACAGAAAGCAAAAGAGAAGAGGUGGCCUUGCUAGAACAAAGAAGAGAAGAGGAGGAGAAAGGACGACGCCGGCAUCGACAAACGCUUUUAGAUCUGUUCUCUCGAAAAUUGUGUCAGAGAGGAAACUAGGGUUUUCAACUUUGGCUUUUUCUAGCCUAGUUUGGGUUCGAAGUCCACUCAUCUAAAGUUCUCUUCUAGUUCACUUCAAUUUUCACUAUUUUCUUCCAAUAUCAUGUCUCUUUUUCUACUAAAAUAAUUCAUCAAUUAUCUGCUAAUUGAAUCAUAAUUUGGUUAUACUAUGAUUUUCUAGAGAAAGGGACAAACUGCUUUGCAACAAAGUGAAAUUAUGAAAAGGCAAAACAAAACAAAACAAAAAGAAGAAAAAGCAACUUAACAUGCUCUUUACUUUCAUCCCCAACAAAUACUGCCCACACUUUAUAGUACUAAAUUGAAAUAACAAAAGGUUUAGGAUAUCACAGUUGUGGCCAAUACUCGUUGGGUUGUCCGAAAUAUCUAUUAGAUACCAGACCCCUAGUUCAGAAAGAAAUAAUUUUGGAAAACAAUGUGCGCCAUCCUUUCCAGCGUAAAUAUUCAAAAAAAGAUAACGAAUGAAAUAAGAAAGAUAUGAUAUGAACUUUCUCAACAUUAGUUUCAGACUGUGUCGUCGAGGGAAACAGAUUGUCUAUUUUUCUUCGUUUUAGUUUAAAAACAAUAUAUCCAAAGAAAAAUACUACGUACAUGCACUAACACAAAACAAAAUAUAUGAACAUUAUACACGAGGUUCAUUUUUUUUGUGCACCAUACACGAGGUUCUUAAGCAAUGUAAAUUCCCUAAUAUUCACCAUAGUUUCUUGCUUUUUGUUUAGCUUGUUUCCAAAUUCAACAAAAACAAAAUCGCAUUGUCUUGAGCUUGUGCUGUCUUUUCGUGCCCACAUUCAAACUCACAAUAGUUACGAAUUGCAUAAAAGAGGUAAAAUUCAUGAAACGUCACUUUUAGUCAUUAUCUGAUCUUAUCUUGUUUCUAUUUAUCCACUCAUGUGUAAAGUGAUGUCUACCUCAUGUAUAUAUUUUGCAACAGUCUUUUACAUUUCUACUGUUUAUCCCUAUCAAAUUAUCGAAUAGAAUGCAAACAACAGUCAAAACGAACUUCUCUCACCGUUAUUUAUUCGUACAACAACAAUCAAACUUAAACAGAACUAGAAAUUUAAAAGUAAUGAUACAAAAAUGUUUAAGCCUAUGAAUACAAAGUCAAUCAGCAAGAAAAAGAAACUGUAAGCCACAUCUACACAUAAAGGUCUAUAUAUAGUAUGCAUAGGAUCACAGCCGUUCAUGGAAAUUGGCUGAUCUUGAUAACGCAGCUGGAUUCGCACAGAGAACUA